AUGUGGCCCAGAGAUGACGGGAUGCUGCCGAUAGAAGGAACAGCAACCAAUAAUAACAAUCUGUGCACCAAGUCUCUGCUGGAUAAUUUGAUGGGAUCGCGACGUAUUGCAGCAAAUGCAAGUUCAAGUUCUCUAGAGCAGCACAGUAACAGUUCAAGCUUGGAAUCAAUCGAAUCCACACCUAUUUUGGAUGGCAAUCGCGCUGUUUCGACUUCGUGCUCUGAGGAUUCUUUCGAAAUGUCCAGUAUCAGUUCAAAACCAGCAACAGAUACUUCUCAUGCGCAAACACAGGGCUUGAACCGGUUGUCCAGUGUCUCGAAUCCGGGAAAUACACUAAAAUCACCGGAGGCAGGGUCUGAUUCUCCGAAUCAGAAAGUCACGGAAUGCUGUAAUUCAGAACAGGAACAGAUGUCCAGAGACAGUCUAGAGCCAAGCAGUUCUUCGGACAAGUAUGAUUCACUGAGGUUAGACACUGCUGGGAAAACUGAUUCACUUGCAUCAACAAGCUGUAAUUUUGAUAGUUUCGAGAGGCAAAAUGAUGCUGUGGAAUUCUCGGAAAAUACUCAGGAAGCUAUGAACAAAGACUUGAACUGUGAAAAAACUGGACCUAGUAAGUCAUGGCCCGUACGCCAUGGUACUCCUAGCACUUCAAAAUCGUCGAACGAAAUUACAAACAUUGGCAAUGCUAUGAAAAAUCGAGCUUCGGUGCGUGACUAUAUCGAUAAGGAAUUGAACGAUUUGGAUACCUGCCUACCAGAGUUGGAUUUCAAUAAAUUGGAAGAAAAGCUGAACUGUGCAGCGAAGGAACGAAUGAUGACAGAAAGGAAGCUGCUUGGUGAACAGGUGCGACGUCGUCUAGCGCUUCAAGUGGAUCAGUAUACAGCAGGACCAGCGCCUCGAAUCUACACGAGGCCAUCGAGAUCUAACCUUGGCUUUCGCCUGCAAACAGCAAUGAAUUUACAGGUUUGUUAUAUAAAUGAUCUGAAGGAUGAGGAGGAUGAAGAGAGCUCAGAUGACGAAUUGUUCGUUCCGAAGUCAAAGUCUGCGCCAAAUUUACGAAGUGCUGUGCUGGAUGGCUCGAAUUUGAAUGCGUCCGAAUUACGUCAAGCAGCUGUUUCUGCAGUUAGUAAGAGCUCCGCUGUGGUUUUUCUCGUUUUUCAGCUAUCGAAUUUUUCAUUCGACUAGCU